AUGGCCCCCAAACCACCCCCGGGCACCUCUGCCAGAGCAUGGGAUGGAGUGACCCCCGCCCUGUCGGAAUGGGUACUGGAUGCCGUUGCUUCUAUGGGCUUCACCCGCAUGACCCCCGUCCAGGCUUCAGCGAUUCCCUUGUUCAUGGCGCAUAAGGAUGUUGUGGUUGAAGCAGUCACAGGAAGUGGAAAGACCUUGUCUUUCUUGAUUCCAGUUGUCGAGAAGCUUUUGCGCCUGGAAGAACCACUCAAGAAACACCAUGUCGGAGCCAUCAUCAUCUCCCCAACCAGAGAACUCGCAUCGCAGAUCUACAACGUCCUGACAUCGUUGCUCGCCUUCCAUCCUCCAUCCGCUGCCGGUCUCAAACCCUCCGAUGAGGACGACGAUGCGCCUCGUCAGAAAUUCCCCUCCUCAACCCUCAAAGUUGUCCCGCAGCUCCUUCUCGGCGGUUCGACCACCCCAGCUGAGGAUUUGAGUACCUUCUUGAAGCGGUCUCCCAACCUGUUGGUGUCUACACCGGGACGACUGUUGGAGUUGCUCUCUUCGCCCCAUGUCCACUGCCCUCAAUCGUCUUUCGAAAUGCUUGUUAUGGACGAAGCGGACAGACUUUUAGAUCUCGGAUUCAAGGAUACACUACAGAACAUCUUGCGCCGUCUACCCAAGCAACGGCGCACGGGGUUGUUCAGUGCCAGUGUCAGUGAAGCUGUUGAUCAGAUUGUUCGGGUUGGUCUGCGCAACCCCGUCAAAGUCCUGGUCAAGGUAAAGGGCACUUCAGGUGUUCAGGAUAAACGCACACCUGCUAGUUUGCAAAUGACGUACCUCACAGCUCCCCCAACUCACAAAUUCCCUGCCAUCAAACACAUCCUCUACUCGCUCGAGCCCGCCCCUCAGAAGACCAUCAUGUUCGUCUCAACAUGCUCGGGUGUCGACUACCUCUCCGCAAUCCUUCCUUCAAUCAUCGGCGAUGACUUCCAGCUGAUCCCCCUGCACGGUAAACACCAAGCAAACGUCCGCGAAAAGAACUUCAACCGCUUUGUCAACUCCCACACCCCCGCCAUUCUCCUCACCACCGACGUUGCUUCUCGUGGACUAGAUAUCCCCUCAGUCGACGUCGUAAUACAGAUCGACCCCCCUUCGGACCCAAAGACCUUCAUCCACAGAUGCGGCCGUGCCGGACGUGCCGGCCGCAAGGGUCUGAGUGUGGUCCUUCUCCACCCGGGACGCGAGGAAGACUACGUCAACUUCCUCGAAGUCCGCAAGACCCCCGUCGCACCGUACCCUCACACCCUCACCAUAACCGACGCUGACGCCGCCGCUGCGACCGAAACAGCACGCAAAGCCGUCCUCGCAGACCGCGCGCUACACGACCGCGGCCAGAAGGCCUUCGUCAGCUGGUUCCGAAGCUACAGCAAGCACCAAGCCAGCAGUAUAUUCCGCGUCGCAGACCUAGACUGGGAAGGACUAGGCAAUGCAUGGGGUCUGCUGAAGCUUCCCAAGAUGCCCGAGCUGAGAAACUUCCAGGGCGACCGGACACUUGGCGUGAAACUAGACUGGGAAAACUACGCAUACAAGGACAAACAGCGCGAGAAGCGCCGAAAGGAACAAGUACAGGAGAAUGCCGAGAACGGUGUCGCGGACGACCAAGCUGCAGGCAAGAAGCGCUCCAGCGAGAGUGUCGCGUGGAGCAGGAAUCUCGACAACCGGAAUAAGAAGCUGAAGCGUCGGGAGGCCAAGCAGGCGCGUCAGCAGAAGGACAAAUGGGAGAAGAUGACGGAGGAAGAGCGUCAAAAGGUGCUCGAGACGGAGAAGAUGCUUGAGCAGAUUCGGGUGAAGAAUGAAGAAGAACGUCUGCUUAGGCGUGCGGCUAAAGAUAAGGAAUCCAAAGCUACUGGUGGGGAUGAUGAUGAGUUCGAGGGGUUUGAUUGA